AUGAAGACCUAUUUGAGAGGCCAUUCCUUAUGGCAAUAUGUGGAGGAAGAGAGACAAAUCCCUCAACUUGGAGCAAACCCAACACUGAAUCAGAUUAGGAUACAUGAAGAGGAGGUUGCAAAUGCUCCAAGAGCACUCUCCUGCAUCCAUUCUACAGUAACUGACCAGGUCUUCUCCAGGAUAAUGGCAUGUGAUACUCCUAAAGAAGCUUGGGACAAGCUCAAGGAGGAGUUUAGGGGAAGUACCCAAACCAGAAACAUGCAGAUCCUAAACUUGAGGAGAGAGUUUGAAGUGCUCAAAAUGCAAGAAACUGAAAAUGUCAAGGAGUAUUUGGAUAGAUUUAUGAAUGUUGUAAACAAGAUUAAGCUACUUGGUGAGGAGUUGACUGAUCAGCGGAUUGUGGAGAAGGUUUUGGGAUUUCAAGGGGAAAGCAGGAGGUACGCUGGAGAGAAGAAGGGGAAAGAAAAGCUGAGUAAUCAAGGAGGAAUGAAUGUGGGUGUAGCAAGAACUUUUGCUACUUGUCCUCACUGUAGAAAAAAGAACCACUCUGAAAAUAGAUGUUGGUUCAGGCCUAGCAUUCAAUGUAGGUCUUGUAAAGAAUUUGGGCACAUUGAAAGAGUGUGUAAGAACAAAGGGAAUCAGCAGGAACAACAAGCUCAAGCUGUGGAAAGUUCCCAGCACUCUCAGCAGAUAGAAGAAAGUUUAGAGCAACUGUUUGUGGUAUCUGAAUGCAUGGUUGCAAGCAGCCCUGACGUGUGGUUGAUUGACAGCGGCUGCACCAACCAUAUGACCCUAAAUGCCAGUAAUUUCAUGAGCCUAGAUAAGGGUUACCAAUCCAAGGUGAAAGUGGGAAAUGGUGAACUGCUAGAGGUGAAAGGCAAAGGUGAUGUUGCUAUCCAAACCAAAAUAGGUACUAAACUCAUAGCUGAUGUUUUGUUUGUGCCUAAAAUCAGUUUGAGCCUACUUAGUGUAGGACAAAUGUUAGAGAAAAAUUAUUCUUUGCAUUUCAAGGACCUCACUUGUGUUAUUUUAGAGAGUGAUGGGACAGAAUUGAUGAAGGAUGACAUGGGUGCAUUUCUUGAACCAAAAAUGUGUGGUAGCUACUACGUUCAAAAGGUUCAAGCUGUUGGUUGA